AGAGAUGGUUUGAGAAAUGUUGAACGACGCAAAGAAUACAGCCAGUUGGUGAACGAACGCAGUACAGCGCAUACCGUGCGAGGCUCCCGCGCUUUUCCAACGCUUCCCGCCAAAUUAAAUAAAACCACAAAAUAUACUAAAGUGUAGCUAUUUUAAAUGAUCUAGUGUUAACAUGAUUGUGAUAAAUUAAUUGGAUUUUUAAACUGUUUUGUUAAAAUUAAAUUAAAUUAAUAUUCAAAAUGACUGCCGGAUCGGAAGAACAUGAACCUCUGAUUUCUUCUUCUGUGGAUAAUCAGCGGGUUACGUAUAAUAAUUCGCCUCAGGAUGGUAACACACCGAGUGGUUCACCGAGAACGAGCGGCGGAGAGGUUACACUGGCAAUACCUCAGGCUCGCAACUACGGCGCCAUCGGUGGCACGGAGAAGGUUACCUACACCUGGGCAGAUGUCAACGCCUUCGCCACAGAGUCUAGAUCUAGAGAUAAAAAGUUUUGGAACUUCUGGAAGCCAUCAUCUGAUAGAAUGUUCCAGCAACGAAAACAAUUAUUAAGAAGCGUAAAUGGCGCGGCUUACCCCGGAGAGUUGCUGGCUAUCAUGGGGUCAUCGGGCGCUGGUAAGACGACGCUUCUCAACACGCUGACAUUUAGGACGCCCAGCGGCGUUGUGUCCAGCGGUACUAGAGCCCUCAACGGCCAGCCUGCGACACCCGAGGCAUUGACCGCUCUGUCAGCAUACGUACAACAGCAGGAUCUGUUUAUUGGAACACUGACAGUGCGAGAGCAUCUCAUCUUCCAGGCUUUGGUGCGUAUGGACCGGCACAUUCCUUACGCGCAGAGGAUGAGAAGGGUCCAAGAGGUGAUUCAAGAGUUGGCGCUGUCAAAAUGCCAGAACACUGUCAUAGGCAUCCAUGGUCGUCUGAAGGGUAUAUCUGGCGGGGAGAUGAAGCGGCUCUCCUUCGCUAGUGAGGUUCUCACAGACCCACCGCUCAUGUUCUGCGACGAGCCCACAUCGGGACUGGAUUCCUUUAUGGCUCAAAAUGUUAUUCAGGUAUUGAGUGGUCUAGCAAAGAAAGGCAAGACAGUUGUAUGUACGAUACAUCAGCCGUCUUCCGAGCUGUACGCCAUGUUUGACAAGUUGCUGAUCAUGGCUGACGGCAGAGUUGCCUUCCUCGGCUCACCGGACCAGGCUACCGAGUUCUUCAAAGACCUAGGGGCAGCGUGUCCAGCAAACUACAACCCAGCAGACCACUACAUCCAACUCCUGGCUGGUAUACCAGGCCGAGAGGAGACGACGAAACACACCAUUGACACUGUCUGCACAUCUUUCGCCAAAUCAGAAAUCGGCUGCAAGAUCGCAUAUGAAGCCGAAAACGCCAUGUUUCACGAGCGCAAGAUCUCGGGCGGCUGGGCGGACGCACCGUGGUCUAGCGUGGCUGCGCUGCGCGCGCGGCGCUCCCCGUACAAGGCGAGCUGGUGCGCGCAGUUCCGCGCCGUGCUGUGGCGCUCCUGGCUCUCCGUCACCAAGGAGCCGAUGCUCAUCAAAGUCCGCUUCCUACAGACUAUUAUGGUAUCAAUUCUCAUCGGAGUGAUAUACUUCGGGCAGCACUUGGACCAGGACGGUGUCAUGAACAUCAACGGAGCCAUCUUCAUGUUCCUCACCAACAUGACCUUCCAGAACAUCUUCGCUGUCAUUAACGUGUUCUGUUCGGAGCUGCCAAUCUUCAUCCGGGAGCAUCACUCGGGCAUGUACCGAGCGGAUGUGUACUUCCUCUCGAAGACGCUGGCGGAGGCGCCCGUGUUCGCCACCAUACCGCUCGUCUUCACCACCAUCGCCUACUACAUGAUCGGCCUCAACCCAGCCCCGGAGAGGUUCUUCAUCGCUUCAGGGUUGGCAGCUUUGAUCACCAAUGUCGCCACGUCUUUCGGUUACCUGAUCUCGUGCGCAAGCAGCAGCGUCAGCAUGGCGGCGUCAGUGGGGCCGCCCAUCAUCAUACCCUUCAUGCUAUUCGGUGGAUUUUUCCUCAACUCAGGUUCGGUCCCGCCGUACCUGGGCUGGAUCUCGUACCUGUCGUGGUUCCGGUACGGCAACGAGGCGCUGCUGGUCAACCAGUGGUCCGGCAUCGAGGCCAUCGACUGCACGCGCGAGAACUUCACCUGCCCCGCCUCCGGACAGGUCGUGCUGCAGACGCUCAGCUUCUCCGAGAAGGACUUCACAAUGGACGUGGUGAACAUGGUGCUGUUGUUCAUCGGGUUCCGUCUGCUGGCGUACAUCGCGCUGCUGUUCCGCACGCGCCGCGGGAAGUAACCUAUACCAUUGUAACCGUACAACUCCACUGCUGUAACUGCAAAACCUCUCUAUUCCUUACAUUUUCUCCAUGAAAUCAAUUGAAGUAAAUAAGUAUUGUACAGGUGUUUAAGUAAUGCAAACAGACAUAAUUCUACUGAUAAUAUAAUUAUGUAAUUGUUACAAAAUUUGUCUGCUGAGGAGCUCGGAGCUUGUCUUAAAUUAGUGCCUAGGCCAUAGUCAAUUACAUAUCUUUGAAUUACUUCGCAAGCGCUCUUCAAUGUCCAACCAAGGCCCAACUUUAACCCCUUUUCCUUCCCACACUUUUAUACGAAAAAUGUGAGACGCAUAGGAAGGGGAAAUAUGCUCUCUGUAUGCGUCUC